AGCAUAGCAGAACUUCAGACUACAAAAGCCAAUCACAAGUCUCUCUCUCUCUCAUCUGCCUUUUGCGCACUUUUGGGAGAGACUCACUGACUUCUUCUAUCGCCCCCCUACGGUCCACUACACAGCUUCUACAAAUCUCUUUGCCGCUGCUCUGCUCAUUUCUUGAUCUGGGUUCUAAACACUCCUGCUCCCCACUCCCUCUUCAGAUCGAAACUCUCUCUAUCCAAAUCUUUGCCUCUACUUUUCAACUUGUCAAAAACCCAUCUGGGUCUUGUUGUUUAUUGACUCUUUUUGUCAGGCUUUUUGGCAGAUUCCCUCUUCUGGGUCUCCUGAUGGAACACUCGAAGUUUUCACUAGCGGGGAUCAGCUUCAUUAUGCAUGGGCACCUGACAACCUAAGUUGGGUAGUGGACUAAGCUUGGGUCUGGCUGCGUCAAGCAUUUUGGAACGUUGGAACUCUUUUGCUGUGUGACCUUCUCGCCGGUGUGGUUGUUAUAAUUAUGGGUAGGGGGAGGGGAAAGGGGAAAAGGUUUUCAGUUACUAGCCACGAAGAUGCUGGAAGUGGUGAAGAAGAAAAAAUCCCAGUUCAGAAGAGAAGGGGAAGGCCACAAAAACCACUCAAGGAUGAGAUUGAUGAAGAAGAUUAUGAAAAAGCAGAAGAGGAUGACAGUGAGACUACGAAGAAUGGUGUAUCAACCAAAGACGUUAAAAGUUCUGUAUCAGCAGAAAAUGGAAAGAAGAGGAAGCGGAAUUUGCAGGCCAAAGAGAAAUCAGAUUCAGUCAAAGUGGAAAAUGGUGUUGGAACCAGUUCAAGCACAGAUGACUUGACAAAGUCCAAUGGUUUUCGUCAUAUUGGAAGCAGGCGGAAAAACAAGCCUCGUCGAGCUGCUGAAGUAGGUGUUGAGUGCAACUAAUAUCGUGGCUACCGGUUGCUGGUAAUUUUAUCCUUUUUCUGCAUAAGGGACAGGACAAGAGAUGUCGGGUGAAGAGCAACUGACUCUAGUUUUCAUUUUGUUGUUUUGUUUAUUGCUCCUGUUUUUUUGGUAAUACCUUCUUAAAUUCUUUCUUGAAUUUUGUUGAAAGGUCCGGAAAUGAUUAUACUGCUGCAUUCUUGAUCUAUUACAUUCGCUAUUUUCAUCUUUA